AUAAAUUCUGAUUUCUGAUAGUGUGAAAGUACAGGUUGUGAGAGUUAUGAAUUAUAUUUCUUCAGGACUGGCCAGUACUAUGCUAACCUUUAGAUGGCCUUGAUGCAAGGGCAGUAAGGUCUUGAACUGUUCCAUGGCAUUCACUAUGUGAAGAGACUGACUCAUUCUGAACUCUCUGCCAAACAACAGUUAUUAAUAAACUGCCUGUUGUCUCUGUUUGAACGGCAAUAAUAUCCUGAUCAAAACUAGAGGGAAAUACCUUGAUGAGUGUGCCAUUAUAUGCCAUUCACUGUCAAUGUUCAUAAUUGGAAAUUGAGCAAGAAGGAAAUGGGUUGAAGAAAUAGCUCACCCAAAAAGGACAAUUCUGUCAUCAUUUACUCACCAUCAAGUUUUUUCAAACCCAUAAACACAAAAGGAGAUGACAAGCAAAAUGUUAAUCUCAGUCACCAUUCACUUGGGGCAAUGACUUGUUUAAACAAUGGCAAAAAAAUUAACAUAUGAAAAUACCCCCUCCUCAUUAACCUUGGGCCUUUUUAUAGCAUGGAAAAAAGCUGUUCUUCACUUCCCCUCCCUCACACGUUCUCUGUCCAGCUCCUGUUUGUGACAUCUUUAUUGUCAUCUUUUCUGACUUGGGAACAUAUUCAAGCUGCAAUCUCUCUUGACUCGCAUACUAAAUCUCCCUCACACACUCACUGACAAUCAGACCCAGUUCAUCGCAACAACUCCGUCAUGGCAGACAGAAAGGACAGCAGGACCCCCAGCAAAGGAGGUCUGAUAAAAAAGAAAGAAAAGAAAGGGGAGAAAGCGGAACGCAAACCUGAGGAGAAAGAAAAGGACAAAUUAAAGGAACAGAAGAUGCCAAAGAUGUCAGAGAAGACAGCAGAAAAUCAGCAAAACAAUGUUGAUAAGCCUAAGGGAAAUGGGGAGAUAGCAGAGGGAGCCCAGGUUCCUGUCAAAGAUGAGGAGUUUCAGCUGGAGCCUAUUGAGCUACCUCCAUUUGAGAUCAUUGUAGGAGACAGGAUGAACCCCACCUUCUUUAAAUUCCAAUUUAAAAAUGUGGAAUAUUCUUCAGGACGCAACAAGACCUUUCUGUGCUACCAGGUAGACAUACAAGCAGGCACUACAGAGGCAGAUGGCCUUCGUGGUUACAUGGAGGAUGAGCAUUCAGGCUCACAUGCUGAGGAGGCCUUUUUUCAACAAGUGCUGGCUUAUUAUGACAAGUCACUUUGCUACACAGUAACCUGGUACAUAUCAUCGAGUCCUUGCGCAGCCUGUGCAGCUAAACUUGUAGAGAUCUUGCGAUCGCGCAAAACACUGCGCUUGAAUAUCCACUGUUCCCGUCUCUUCCAGUGGGAGGAACCGGAGAUACAGGCUGGACUACAGGCACUAGUCAGAGUGGGGUGUAAGAUACACAUGAUGAGACCUUUGGAUUUUGCCUAUGUUUGGUCUACUUUUGUUGAAAAUGAAGAAGAUAGCUUUACACCCUGGGAGGACUGCCAAGAAAGCUAUGAAUAUUAUGAUGAAAGGCUGUGUGAUAUUCUAAAGUAGGGUAAGGAGUUGCUGCUGGCUAUUGAUAAAUACUGUCUAAUGCAGCAUAACCUUUAAGGGAAAUUAAGGAAAUUAGAACUUGUAAACAAAUGAUUACAAUCACAAUGCCAUUAUUGCAGCGUCUUCUUCCUAUGACAUCACAGUUUGUUCUGUAAAAUCACACGUUUUACUUUUUUGCUUGGAUUUUAGACUUAAAAUGAUUUUAAAGUAUUAGGAGGUGUGUCACAAAUAUAUGGGAAAACCUAUUUUUAUUUUACUGUGGAUAAUUUUCUGCACAUAACUGAUGUGUCUAAAAUUCAAGCAUGCAACGUGCUAUCAUUAUUCAAGUAAUUCAGGAAAAAUGUUGAGUAUGUGUUCAGAACUGGACUUGAUUUAGUUUAUUUGCAACACAAAUAUUGUUUGCUCAAUGAUUGUGUUUAAAUUUAGAAAUUUUGUCUUUUUAAAACAACUUUAGAAAAUAUUCAUCAUGCUGAAUAGUUAGAUUAAUUUGUAUAUUAAUAAAAUAUGACUAUUUCUUUGCAUGGCCUAAAGAUCCCAGUAUGAAUGGCUGGUGCUAGUCUCAGCUAUUUCCGUGGUGUAUUUAAUAUAAUAUAAUUAAGAUGGAUUUAUAUAAGAUUAUUAUCCAUCCACCAUCAACCGCUUAUCCUGUGUACAGGGUCGCAGGGGGCUGGAGCCUAUCCCAGCUAACAUUAGGCGAAAGGCAGGGGACACCCUGGACAGGUCGCCAGUCCAUCACAGGGCCACACAUAGACAGACAUACACUCACACUCACCUCCACAUCUAGGGCAAUUUUUUUUGGAGACACCAAUUAACCUUGACACCUUCCUCCCACCAUCCCUGCAUGUCUUUUGGAUGGUGGGAGGAAGCCGGAGUACCCAGAGAGAACCCACGCAGACACGGGGAGAACAUGCAAACUCCACACAGAAAGGCCGGGGCAACCAGGGUUUGAACCCACAAUCUUCUUGCUGUGAGGCAACAGUGCUAACCGCUGCACCACCAUGCCGCCCUAAGAUUAUUAUAUGUUAUUAAUUUAUAAAUUGGUAUUUACAAGAUUAAUAGUAAUGACAUUUACAAAAUGUUUACAGUAUUGUUUAAUUAGUGAUAUUGUAAUGAAAUAAAUACUAAAGU